AUGGCGACGGGCGGCGGCGGAGCCGGGCCGGGUCCCGGUGCCGCUCCCGGUACCGCUGCCAGUGGAGCCGCCGGCCGGCGGGGCCCGGGGCUGGUUUGGGCUGAAAAGAAGAGGCUGAACAAAGGGACAGAUGUGGUGGAGAAAAGAGGUCCAUACAUCAUGAGCAAACCUCCCUCCAUCCAGGCCAAGCUGAAGAGGCAGCGGGAGCUGGCAAAGGCAGCGCUGCGAAGGCAGGGGCUGCUGGGGGCACCCACUGCCCCGAAACCAACUCCUAAAAGGUCUGUGAAGUUCAACAAGGGCUACACGGCACUCAGCCAGACAGCUGAUGAAAACCUGGUCUCCCUCGACUCAGACAGUGACGGGGAGCCAGGAUCCAGGUGUUCCUCGGGAUACUCCUCCGCUGAGCAGGUGACCCAGGACCUGAGCCGGCAGCUGCUGCAGGACGGGUACCACCUCGACGAGGUCCCCGAUGAUGAAGACCUGGAUCUCAUCCCCCCAAAACCUUCUGCCUCCUCUUCUUGCCCCUGCUGUUUUGGAGAAAAUCUCUCCUGUGUGAUCCAGUAGCUGCACAAGAACAGGUCAAAAUCCAGCACUUUCUUUGUCUCGUGGGAUGGCUGGUGGGUGUCCGGGUCCCACGCCAGGACGGUGGCACAAGGACUGAAUGAUGCUGCUCGUGGCAGAGACCAGCUGACUCCAAAAGACUUCUCCUUACACUCAGCAAUACCAGGGGAGGUGGCACAGUGACAUUCUGGUGACCUGCAUGGGACCUGGCACUUGGCUGGGGUGGGAAGGGAGGACAGGCAGGGCCUGGCACCUCCAUGGGGGUAUAAAGGGAAGGAUUUGGGAGUUUCUGGGGUUGGAGCUAAUGGCUGAUUCCCAUUCUCCUCAACGCUGCUUUGAUGCAGGUGAGGCACAGCCCAGGCCCCCCAUCCCAGCUCUGCACAGGGCUUGGAUUUGGGGGGCUGGAGAGCCUCCCUGCUGCAAACCAUAAACGCUGCCUUAAACCAUGGUUCUGCUCUAUGACAUAGAGGACAAUCAGCUUCUUAUACAGAAACCUUAUUUAAAUAUUUCAUGUCAAGAGACAUGAACUGGUUGGGUGGGGGGCAUGUUUGUUUGUUUUUGUAUCUUACUUGUAAAAGGGAGCACUUAAUAAACUGGAUCUCAUUACUCAGAA